AGCGCCUGCCUCCUAUAAAAGGGGCGGUAGCUCCGCUCACUGCUACAGUUGGCUUCAUUGCAAGAGGCAAGUGACAGCAGACUACUACCGACAUGAACAAGUACUUGGUGGUGCUGGCCGGCGUGCUGGUGGUGUUGGCCCUGGUCCAGGGUCACCACGAGCCGGGACACGUGGGCGACGACAGCACCGGCGGCGGCAGUGAAGGGGGCAGCAGCGGCGGCGUCACCAGCCGCGGGGGCGGCGGCAGCGACGGCGGCAGCACCGGGGGCGGCAGCGGCGGCGACCACUCGGGACACCACGGCGGCGCCAGCGGCCACGACCACCACGCCUAGGCUGACGUCUCACUCCGACCACGGCCCCUGCAACGGCUCCAGAUCACACAGCUCGUACAUCUAUCCGUGUCCCCUUUUCCUUCCAAUCCGUAAAGCCUUCUUUAAAUUUUGGAUACACUGUAAUAAUGACCGAAAUCAAUUUUCCAGUACUACAAUAAAGCUUCAGUUGUUAGUUUAA